AAUACAGUUUUUAUAAUUUCAGUUUUUUUAUUUUUUACGCUUGCGUCUUUCGAUCUUACAGUGAAGUACGUGGUUCAGAAAUUAUUUGGUGCUUAUUUCAGACGUGAACCUUGAUCAUUUUCACUAACGUUUUCUGAAACCAUUAUUUUCAUUUCGAAAAGCCUCAUUUAAUCUGCACAGGAUUGGUUUCGAACCACCGGAUAGUGGGGAAGAGCGAAAAUGUUGUGGAUAGUAUCCUUCGUGGCAGCACUAUUGUGCAUCUUCGGAUUCCGCUUUGCUUACUUUUAUUUGUGUGUGAGAGGAAAAUCCGAAAGAGUAUCCAGGAAAGACUUGCCGUUGCGGCUGAUGGUUAUACUGGGUUCAGGAGGCCAUACGACUGAAGCUUUGUCCCUGUUGUCACAAAUGAGCGCUAGCAAAUACUAUCCCGUUACGUUUGUGUUGGCGGACACGGAUAGCACGAGUGCCAUGCGCGCUGCCGUCUUGCAAAGGCUGGAUGCAGAGACCAAAGAAGAGGCUAAAUUCGUCAAAAUUCCUCGGAGUCGAGAAGUGCGACAGGCAUGGUUAAGCAGCGCUUGGUCGACACUGUAUGCCACCAUGUACGCUUUGCCAAUAGUGAUUACCGAGCGACCGGAUGUGAUACUGUGCAAUGGACCCGGGACUUGCGUACCCAUUUGCUUGGUUGCCUGGAUUUUCAAUAUUGUCGGAUUACGGAGAAGUAUAAUAACUUUUGUGGAGAGCAUCUGUCGCGUUAAGUCACUGUCAUUGUCUGGAAAAAUCCUUUAUUAUGUUGCCGAUGUGUUUUUUGUUCAGUAUCAGUACUUGAAAGAGCGUUAUCCUAGAGCGGUUUUUCUUGGACGUUUGGUGUAGAGCGGUUGUUGUUUGGGCGUAAGAUUGUAACUCGUAUGCUGUUCUGCAAUAUUUACGACUGCUUCUAACGACAGUACAUUUUACUUUUACUGGUUAUCAGCACUUCUAUAAAUGUAAAUGAACUUUUUGUAUGGAAACUGGGUUUUACCUUUGCUGGACUUGUGGUUACUUACUUGUUAGUAUCAUAGUCAACGCGGCAUUCGUUCUUUAAAAACGGUGAUGAUUAAAUACUGCUAUGCGCAUGGUUUUCCAUAAUUCAAAUGUCUUGAUUGUAAUUAAGUACUACUGGGUUUCGAGAAUGACAUCCGGGUUUUUUUACCAUGCUUCAUACGGAAGUCCAACAGCUUUUGCCAAGUCGGACUGCUUCCUCGCUUGUUUUCCUACAGAUGGAAAAUCAUAAGUCGGGCCAUUCACUAGCCACCCAUAUUUCCGGCUCUCGGUUUUAGGGAAUGGAGGCGCGUAAGUUUCCAGCUUCGGUUGGGAUUCAGUAUGGACAUUGCGGACAAUGUGUUUCAGCGGUCGCUCGGGCAGAUUAACUUUGUAGGAUUGCAGUUGUGGGUAGACAUGGUGGGAAUGCAGUUGUGGCAUGUGGAAAUGGCGCUGAAUGAACCGAUUGGAGAGGUCAACCUGGAUAUCAGGAUCAUAGUGCAUCGGCAGCCGACCGCGCACCGGUAGACGCAAUGGUUUCUCUUUGGUUAAUCGGAGCUUGGGUUGUGCUCCCAAGAGAAAUUUUCCGUAUCCUGCUUUCCAUCGUGCUUCACGACGAACUUCGUCCAGGCAGUGGUCGCGCCUGUAAAUUUCAGCAGCGCAAAUUUACUUCUAGCUAGAGCCUGUGCUGUCUGUUUUUUUACUAACCAAUAGUUUGCUUGGUGAACGGGGUUUUUCUGGUUUGCAGAUUCAGUUUUGGGGGGCAUGAUGUCUUACCUGAUGACCUUUAAUCUUGAUCACCAUGUGAUUAUGUGAAUAUCCAC